AUGGCGGCAGACCGGAAGUCCAGUGUUGUGCCAAAGAACUACCAGCAUAUUCUAGCCUUGGCCUUUGCUGUCAAGGAGAUCAAUGAGAACCCCAAAAUCUUGCCUAAUAUCACAUUGGGAUUCCACAUCUAUGAUAAUUACUUCAAUGAAAGGAUGACCUACCGGGCUGCUCUGAACCUUCCCUCCACACUUAUGCCCAACUACAAGUGCAACAUCCAGAAACACCUGAUGGCAGUUAUUGGGGGACUGGACUUUGAUACCUCCCUCCAAAUGGCAAACAUCUUGGGCAUCUACAAGAUCCCUCAGCUCACUUAUGGCUCCUUUGCCCCAGAGGAUGUUGGUCAGAGCCAAUCCACUUCCUUCUACCGGAUGGUGCCCAAUGAAGCCCAUCAGCACACUGGGAUUGUUGAGUUGCUUCUUCACUUUGGUUGGACAUGGGUUGGGUUGCUUGCUGGAGAUAAUGAGAGUGGAGAGAGAUUUAUCCAGGACCUGAAACCUCUGCUCUCCCAAAAAGGCAUUUGUUUGGCCUUCUCUGAGAAAACCCCGAAAACCACAUAUUUGGCAGAGUUUUAUGAUGUGCAGUCUGACUUCAUCCAAAUCUAUCAAGUUAUUAUGAAAAGUAAAGCAAAGGUUGUUGUUUUCUAUGGGGAAACUAAGUCUAUGAUUGACUUGAGAGAAAUAGUAGCACUUGGUGAAUUGGAAAAUGUGACCAUGACACAUGAGGGCAAGGUGUGGAUUCUGACAGCACAGCUGGAUUUCACAGCAUUAACCUAUCAAAUGAGCUGGGAUAUGCAAGUCUUCCAGGGUUCUCUCUCCUUUGCGGUUCACUCAAAUGUGGUACAAGGAUUCAAAGCCUUUCUUCAGGUCCAAAAUCCUUUUGAGGCAAAUGGAAAUGGCUUUCUCAAGGAGUUAUGGGCACAAGUAUUUCUCUGUUUAUUUCCAAAGUCCAGUACAGAGGAGCAGGCCAGUGGAACCUGCACCGGAGAUGAAAAGCUGGAAGAUCUCCCUUCUUCUGGUUUUGAGAUGAGCAUAGGUGGCCACAGCUACAGUCUCUAUAAUGCUGCCUAUGCCAUAGCCCAUGCUCUACAUGCCAUGUUUUUGUCCAGGACCAAAUAUAGGGGAGGGAUGGAAGGAGGGAUGCAGGAGCUUCAGAAGCUGCAGUCUUGGCAGCUCCAUCCCUUUCUUAGGACUGUCUCCUUUAACAACUCUGCUGGAGAAACUGUAUCUUUUAGUGAGAAUGGAGAAGUAGAUGCUGGCUUUGAUAUUACCAACGUGGUCACUUUUCCAAAUAACUCCUUCAUGAGAGUCAAGGUUGGAAGGUUUCCACCCCUUUCUGUGUGUAACCCAAAUUGCCCUCCUGGUUCCAGCAAGGAGAAGAAGGAGGGGGAGCCAUUCUGCUGCUAUGAUUGUGCUCCAUGUCCUCAAGGCAAGAUUUCAUCCCAGAAAGACAUGGUUGACUGUGUUGCAUGCCCUGAAGAUCACUAUCCAAACAGGGACCAAUCGCAAUGCAUUCCAAAGACCAUCAGCUUCCUGACUUUUAAAGAGCCUCUGGGGAUGAGCUUAGCAUUGUUUGCUCUUUCUCUCUCUCUCCUCACAGUGGUGGUCCUAGCCAUCUUCAUUAAACAUCAGGACACACCUAUUGUCAGAGCAAACAAUCGGGACCUCACCUACACUCUCCUCACUUUCCUCCUGCUCUGCUUUCUCUGCCCAUUGAUCUUCCUUAGCCCUCCAGAAAGAGUGAGCUGCCUGCUCCGACAAAUGGCUUUUGGCCUUGUUUUCACAGUAACUGUUUCUUGUAUUCUGGCCAAAACUAUCACGGUGGUUCUGGCCUUUGUGGCCACCAAACCAGGAUCCAGGAUUAGGAAGUGGGUAGGGAAAAGACUGGCAAACUCCAUUGUGAUUUCUUGUUCUUUUAUUCAAGCUGGCAUUUGCACUGUGUGGUUAGGAACCUCUCCCCCAUUCCCUGAUUCUAACAUGCACUCUGUGAUGAGAGAAAUCAUUUUAGGCUGUAACGAAGGGUCAGUUGCCCUGUUUUACUGUGUCCUGGGCUACAUGGGCUUCCUGGCCAUUGUCAGCUUUGUAGUGGCCUUUUUUGCCAGGAAACUGCCUGAGAGCUUCAAUGAGGCCAAAUUCAUCACCUUCAGCAUGUUCUUGUUUUGUAGUGUUUGGAUCUCCUUUGUUCCGGUCUACCUGAGCACCAAGGGGAAAUACAUGGUGGCUGUGGAGAUCUUCUCCAUCUUGGCCUCCAGUGCUGGUUUACUGGGUUCCAUCUUUUCCCCCAAAUGCUACAUCAUUUUAUUGAGGCCUGAGCUGAACAGCAAGGAGCAGUUAAUAAAGAGGAAAUAG